AUGCAGUCACGUCGGACACGUAAGCGCUUUACAGCAGGGAUGACGUAUUUUUGUAGGCCAACCAGGAAGUUAGCAUCGCAUUGGUUCCCCUCGAUUACUGCAGAAAUUAAGCUCUGUGGCCAACAAAACUUAUACGUUUUGUUCAACAAUUUAAUAUUCACAAAUGAACACCACGUUUAUGAUUUUUCUGAAGCGUGAAAUCAAUCAGACAGAAGUAAAAAGCGAACUACAUCGAUGAGAUGGACUAGUCAACGUGAUGACGUACGGAGUCUGCGUAAUGACGUAUAGUAGUCUCAUUUAGCCACUUGAUAUAGCAAUCGCCUUUUUUAUGACACUUAAACGCUUCCAAGUGCACUAGUGGGAUAUUUAUUAACGAGUUUAUAUCGCAGAACAAAACCUUUAAAUCUAUUAAUCAUGUGUUAGCCACAGACCUUAUUUCAAGCAUCUAACCAGAAAGCCCAUUCAAAAAGCCCAUUGACUUCCAGACCAGGGAACCGGAAGUGCAGAAAUGCUAACUCAUUUCCGGGUUUUCGGACUGUAAACAACGGUUCACAUGGAUGUACUCAAGAUCCUGUAAACUACUGCAACUCAAACUUUACAACUUUUUAGAUUUAUCAAUAUAUUGUCAUUUCCAGUUGUAGUUUUGUCCUUCAAAUUGUAGCUAACGUUAGCUACCCUAUAGAGCCAGGCGAUGGUUUGCUGCUUUGCCCCGAGAUGCAGCCACAAGUCAUCGGAUGGGAUCUGCUCGUUUUAUCGGUUCCCGACGGAUGUUGUCCGGUGGAGACUCUGGGUUCGGUCCAUCAGGCGAGCUGACAGGAAGCCCAGUCCCCACUCCCGCAUCUGUAGUUGUCAUUUUCCUUCAGGAAAAAAGAAAGCCCCUGUUUUAUUCCCAAAGGAAAUCCCCGUUAGACAAAAGACUGAAGAUCAUUCCUACUGCUUGAGGGAUGGAAACCCUGAUUGGAACGAAUUGGCUCCAAUAGAGAUGGAUGAAGUGGAGGAAGGAGCUAUACAGCUUGUGACUGUUAAGGAGGAAGCCGUGGAGGAUCCUCAACCAUUUACCAACAUACUUGAGGAACCAUCAUGUAGUAUAACGGUUGAAGAAGAGCUGCAGUCUGAACGAAGAUAUAGGAUUCAGCUGGAGAUCCAGCUAGAGCAGUCCAGAGCAGAGUUGGAGUCUCUCAAGGAAAAGCAGAGUUACAGUCGUGACAGGUAUUCUGCGUCUCAGCUGAGUGAAAGUGUUCUUCGGAUGGAGACGGGAUUACCAGAUAAAGAGACCUUCGGUGCUGUGUGUGAAUUUGUUGCUCGUUAUGAAGAUUCCAUUACAUACCAAGCUGGUUGGAGACCCAAAGAACUCAAUCUUGAAGACCAGAUUUUCAUGACCCUCAUGAAACUCCGUCACAACUACACACACCUGCACCUGGCUGCGCUCUUCCACUGCAGCGUACGCGCUGUCAGGAAUGUGUCAAUAACAUUCAUAGAGGUUCUUCACAGGCUCCUUUUUAGAGGUGCUCUAUCAAGCCCCCAGGAAGUGCGCCGGGCUUUGAAGCGAAUUUUACAUAGCGGACAAAUGGUGGAAUUACAACUUCCGUGUCCGUCACGUGAUGCCGCUGGGUCCAAAAAGACUUCUUCCCAUAGAUUUACAUUGGGAAAGAGGCGUCUGUAAAUCAGCAUCAGUAAUAGUCAUUUCCCCAUAGGGACACUUCACAUCCAGCACCAUGGAAGACGCCACCAGACCAUCUGGAGAUGCUCCCAACAAUCCUGAUGGAGAGAGCCACAAGCCUGACUCCUGGACUGGCAUCUGUGUUGCAGUGGUGAAUGCCAGUCCCCCUCUGUACAGACAAAUCACCAUCCAGUGCUUGUUUCUGCCCCAGAAGAAGAAGAAGAAGUGAAGCAGUCACACGCUUGGACUUGAGGAGAGUUGCUGGCAGUCAGCCUCUCCUAAACAAAUGCCAGUUUGGGUUGGUCAGUUGUUGCCACCUGAAUGGCCCUCUGUUGCUCCUCUGACAAGGCCGCGCUGGCAAGGAUAGCCUCAGGUCCCUGAUGCUCCACAAUUUUAGGAACAGAAAGCGUUGUCAAGGUGUAUGGUUCCUCUUCUGGCUCAGGUGAGAGAAGUCAAGACAUUCCUGAGAACCUGCACCAGCAACUCCUUUGUUCUGCGAGGUAAAAUUACUGUUUUUGUCAAAGGAGUCUGGUUUGAAGAGCGCAUAGAUGAUGGCUUCAGUUCCGUUGGGAAGGGUUGUCGGACAGUAAAGCGGUGGAAGUAUUCUAAAUAUAGAGUACACUUAAACUGAUGUUGAUUUUUUUUUAGGUGGCUAAAAUAUGUUUUGCUGCUGCCCCCGUCCACAGCUGUACAUUGCUUAGCUUCCUUGUGGUAACUCCUGUCAUCCAAACUAUCCCUUUCAUUUUAAUAAACU